CCAGAAGAAGACUGUCACACCUUGCAUGGGUUCUCCUCUCAGCUCAGUUAUCUGACUCUUCAGCGGCACGGACAGACAGACACCAGACAGAGGCACCUCCUCGCAAAAGGAGAUCAGGAGUAAGGAAGCAGGGCUAUAAGGAGGUUCAGUAGGGAAAAUCAUGCAUGUGAAAUAUCCCUGCCACAUGAAAUAACAUUCAUCCAACAUUCAUCCAACAUUCAUCCAACAUUCAUCCAUCGUUCAUCCAGCAUUCAUCCUAUGGAGGACCUUCACAUUACCGCUAUAUCGAUGGAGGGAUUUAAUGACAGGUUGGACCUGUUUGGCAAUUACACAUAUGACAAUGAGAGUGGAAUAGUUGGAAUGGCCUCCCCUUGCGUUCCCUGGACGCUGGGCUCCAGCAGUGUGGCCUUGGUGUGUGUCUACAGCGUGGUGUCCGUGUUCGGCGUGCUGGGCAACGCCCUGGUCAUCUCCGUGGUUUACUGCAUGAAAGGGAGACGGACCAGCACCGACGUGUACCUGGUGAACCUGGCGGCGGCCGACCUGCUGUUCUCCGCCACGCUGCCCUUCUGGUGCGUGUACGCCCACGUGGAGUGGGUCUUCGGCACCCCCCUGUGCAAGCUCCUCUCCGGCCUGCAGGAGGCCACCUUCUACAGCGGCGUGCUGCUCCUGUCCUGCAUCAGCCUCGACCGCUACCUGGCCAUCGUCAAAGCCACGCAGGUGGCCUCCAGGAAGCGACACCUGGUGACGGGGGUGUGCGGGGCGGUGUGGCUGGGGGCCGGGCUCCUCUCGCUGCCCGCGCUGGUCCAGCGGCAGGCCUUCCAGCCGGCCAACGCGGGGCGCACGGUGUGCCAUGAGCACCUGAGCGCAGAGAGCACGGGCAGGUGGCGGGUGGGCGUGCGGGUGCUGAACCACGCCCUGGGGUUCUUCGCCCCGCUGGCCGUCAUGCUGUUCUGCUACAGCCACACGGUUGCCAAGCUCCUCCAGGCCCGCAACCGGCAGAAGCACAAGGCCAUGCGGGUCAUCCUGGCGGUGGUGCUGGCCUUCGUGGGCUGCUGGCUGCCGCACAACGUCACCGUGCUGACGGACACGCUGAUGCGUGGCGGGGCGGUGAGGGAGUCCUGCACCAUGCGUGAGCGGGUGGACCUGGCCCUGCAGCUGACCGAGGCCCUGGCCUUCCUGCACUGCGCCAUCAACCCCGUCCUCUACGCCUUCAUCGGCCAGAAGUUCCGCAACCAGCUCCUCAGGAACCUCCAUGCCUGCGGCCUCAUCGGCCAGUCCGCCUACCGGAGGGGCACCAUCAACAGCUCCAGCUCCCGCAAGACCUCUGUCACCAUGUAGAGCAGGGCGGCGGUUUGUGUCUUUACCAGGCACACCCUCCAUCCCUGACAUGAUGUACAAUAUGACAUUUUGGCUGAAUUUCUUUGACAAGAUCAGGAGUGACAGCUGAAGGCUGUUCUUGUGUCCCGAUAUGGAACACUUCACUGGGGUGAACUGGCACUGGUAAUCUGCUCAGCUAAUUGGCUUUUUGAACAGGAGUAAAUGGGGUAAAGAAGACAUAGAUUAACCCUAACCCCCUAAAAAAUUAAUUGGUGGAGAUAUAAUGUGUGAUAUAAUCAAAGCAAUCAUUAAUAACCCCUUUUCAGCUUCCAUGUGAAAGUGAUCGUUAGAAAUAACAUUUUACAUUUACAAUUUAGUCAUUUGGCAGACGCUUUUAAUCCAAAGUGACUUACAAGUGCAUAGGUUCUUCCACAAGUCAAAGCAUCACAUCCAUAACUAGGAAAAUACACAUGGAAUGCAUGUCUGAGUGCAGUAGGAGAGUGCAACAAUGUUAACUGAGACAUUGUUAGUUCAAGUACGCAAGUAUACAUUUGUGGAUAAUGGUAUACUUGCAGAUUGCGUACUUGGAGAAACAAACUAAUUGCUGUGUGUUCUAACUAGAAUGCCAGGAUGCAUAAUGAAACCGAUAUUAUAUUUGCUGCUUGGUUUGUGGAGCAGUCUAGGGCAGUCUUGAAAAGCAAAAGUGGCCAUCUACGGGCCAUUAGACACCCAGCGUGACUUGUGGUCGUGACUAUUUGACCCCAAUUCCCAUAGUUCCCUGUGACAUGAAGAGACUCAGCAGAUGGUCGUCUUGACGAGGGCCUCCCCUAUGAGACAGGGAGAGAGAAAAACAUAACAUUGAAUGGUGGGCCUUCCACUAACAUAACAUUUGAAUAAAUAGAAAUUAAAUUAAACAAUGAAAAUAGUCCCAUUGGUCAUUGCUAGAGAAAUUCCAGUGGGGAAUUCUAGUGUGAAUAUGACUCAAAUAUGAUGUUUGUUCAUAUGAACAAAUCAUAGAUUGUCACUUUUGUUUUGUUGACUUGUCUAAAACUGGGAAUUAGUUGCAGUUGGCAGAAGCUUUGACUGUUGCACAGUUAAAUUUGAAAUGAAUUGUUCAUGUCCAUCACUUGAGUAUUGCUAAUGAGUGUUGCUUGUGUUAUUUUUUAUUUUGUUUAUACAUAAUUUUAAAAUCAGUUUUUUUAGCAUUUCUCUCCAGAAUUUCUCUCUCCAUCUAGGAAUUACAUCACUGGUAUAAUUGGACAGUUGUCUUCUCAGCUGUUUCUCAUAACUGAGAUUAUUGAAUGGCUUUCUUAGUACAGGUAUAAGAUUGCUUUCAGUAUCUAGUCUUUAUUCUAUGCUUUUGAUUGCAACAUUUGUCAACAUGAGGUACAGAAUUGUGCCAAUGAAACUCAAGGAAGUCAUUAUGAGGCUAAAAACUAAGAAAGAAAAAAUAGGCCAAACAAUAGGCUUACCAAAGUAAACUAUUUGGAACAGAAAGAGAGCAUUGUUGUAUGUUUGGGAUUGUUGCCUUGCUGGGGAAUGAAGCACCAUCCAGUGGGUUUGGAGGCAUUUGUUUGAACUUGAUAAGAUACCUCUGUAGACUUCAGAAUUCUGCUAUCAGCAGUUACAUUAUCAAUGACGGCAAGUGAGCCAGCACCUGUGGCAGCCACAUAUGCCCAAACUAUAACACCCCAUCACCAUGAUUCACAGUGCUUUGGUCCUUGGGCAGUUUCUAUAAGACCCCACAUUCUUGCCAUCAGUGUAAUAUUUGUUUUCUUCAUCAUGGUGACAAUUCUGUAAUCAAAUGGUAAAUGGUAAAUGAUAUUUAUCCAAAGAACUGUACAAUUGAUGCUUCUCAUUCACUCAUUCACUCAUUCACAACAACGGCGACUGGCUGCCAUCCAAGGCACCAACCAGCUUAUCAGGAGCAAUGUUAAGUGUCUUGCUCAGGGUCACUUCCACACACAGGGUGGGAUUGAACCGGCAACCCACCGACUGCCAGACAGCUGCUCUUAUCUCCUGAGCCAAUGAGACGACUGCUCCUCCGUUGUGUGUCAUCUGAGUGAUCCUCCGUCCCAGGUGGAGUAGAGAGAGGGCUUAACUUUACCCCACCCCUUUCUACUUCUAUUAUCGUCAGCGUGUGUGUGACUGCCUAAACUGUGCAUAGGGCUACCACAAGGCCUCGAAGUGACGUGAUAUGGAAAUUAACAACAACAACAAAAACCAAACCGAAAUUCGCUAAUGAAAUAAUUAAUUUUAAUAAAGAAAAAUGUAUUUCGUUUUUUAUGUUUUGAUGACAUUUCUGCUGUGUUGGACUAUUUUGUCGCCACUGCGUUAAAAUAUUUCUCAAACGGUAGCACCCCCCUGCCGAUGACCCAAUGCCCCCCCACUAGAUCUGCUCUGGCGCCGACUCGGCACGAGAGGGACAUACAAUUUCAAGUGCUAGAAUGCAACAAAGAUAAUUUGGGCCGUGUAGAUUAAUCUGACUAUCCAUUAUAUCUAUAAACCGUUUUUAUACAACACCACGCAAAAUCAUUUAACUUAUGGAGAAAGGAAUCAGGGGGGACUAUGUAUAAACAGGGAUGUAAUUCAUACACGUAUCAUUCUAUAUGGAUGUAAAUUAAAGUUGACAUUCUACACUUCAUAUUCACAACCUCAUCAUAUUCAUUGUUUCAUUUUAAUACGUAUUGACUGUACUGUAUAUCAUUUCUAUAAAACUGUUUCACGGAUAGCUAGUUAGCAAAACUGUGUAAGAUCAAAAGCUUUUGUUCGCCAUGUCAGUAGUUAGGUAGGUAGGAAGAUUAAGGAAGAGUAAAAUGAUUUAUCUUGAUGUACUUUGAGUUCUUUACUUAGGCCUUGCAUUGUUCUUUACUUAGGCCUUGCAACCUCGCCUUGCUCUUGAAGAGAAAAGGCUGCCAAACGACACCCACUGGCACCCGGACGGCGUAUAUUACAGGGCCACAGCCCAUUAGAGAUUUACCUGUUUUAAACAAAUUUCCAUUUUAGCAUCAAUGCAAAGCAAGUACAAAA